AUGAGUCACAAUCUGGCUGGAAUGCCAUCCUACAGGCUGCCAGGCCCAGGACUAGGGCCUCCAGACUUCAAGCCUCCGAUGGACACGCCGACACCGCCGGCGCCAGCACCAAGCAACCCUAAAAAGAGAAGGAAAACUUCAAAUGCUAAUAAUGCAUUAACACCCCCUCAACCUCCUCCCACGGCACAAGAUCUUCUGCCUCCUCCUCUAACAGGAUAUGGAGACACUAUUGUUGCUUCAAACCCCUUUGAUGACUCUCCUUCCACCGUAUCACAUAAUGGCCCCAUGAUGAGUCAGAAUGGAUCAAUGAUGAGUCAAAAUGGUCCAAUGGGAAUGAUGGGGCCAAUGCAUAGUAUGGGUGGCCCACCAAUGAGACUCAUGAGCCCGCAUGGAAUGAACCCCAUGAACCAGCAAAUGCCUCCUAGAGGUGGAAUCAGUCCGAUGGGUAAUAUGAGUCCUAUGGGACAUAUGGGUGGUAUGUCACCUAUGGGAGGCCCCAAUAUGAGUAUGAGUAACCACAGUAUGGGGCCAGGAAUGGGCCCAACGUCUAGGUCAAUGGGCAGUCCAAUGAGUCCCAUGAAUUCUAUGCCAAUGGGUUCACCAAUGUCAUCUGGGCCUAUGGGAAGCCCUAUGAAUAUGGGGUCAAUGGCAGGCAGUCACAUGAGCAAUAGUCCUAUGGGGCCACCAAUGCACAGUCCUCUCGGGGCUGGAUCUAUGAAUGGACCAAUGAAUGGUCCCAUGGGUGGUGGAGGACCAGGCAUGAAUGUCCCACGCAUGAACGGACCAAUGGGGCCUAGUUGCUCUAAUGGUUCAAUGGGACCUAGUAAUUCAAUAAUGUCUUCUAAUCCAAUGCAAGGUGGUGGUAUGGGACCUGGGCACUGUGGACCCAUGAGACAUGGAAGUCCAAUGCCCUCAGGCAUGGGAAGUGGACCAAUGGGUGGCAAUGGUCCAAUGACAUCUAUGGGCCCAGGUCCCCCUUAUUCUAGCAGUCAUAUGGGUCACGGAGGACCUAUGGGUAUGGGAGGAAAUGGAUCUAUGGGAAUGGGUCCUGGACCAGGAAAUAUGGGAAAUUGUGGACCACUUGCUGGAAUGAGUGGUAUGGCAAUGGGUGGUCCGGGAGGGCAAGGAGUCGGUCCAAUGGGCCAGAGCAUGGGUAUGUUUGGACCUAAGCCUAUGCCAGUGAGUGCUGGUAAAGUGUACCCACCUGACCAACCUAUGGUGUUUAACCCUCAAAACCCUAAUGCUCCACCCAUAUAUCCAUGUGGAGUUUGUCACAAAGAAGUACAUGACAAUGAUCAAGCUAUAUUGUGUGAAUCUGGAUGCAACUUCUGGUUUCAUAGGGGCUGCACAGGCCUAACGGAGCCAGCAUUCCAGUUGCUGACGGCAGAAGUGUAUGCGGAAUGGGUGUGUGACAAGUGCCUGCACUCCAAGAAUAUACCUCUGGUGAAGUUCAAACCAUAGCGAUGCGCCGUGCCCCCCUCGCCUCCCCUCCUACCACCCAUUUGAGUCAAAAUCCCUUCCUAACAUCACAACAUAUUUAUUUCACUUCAUCAAAUGAGAUGGACACUGUAUGUGAACACAAGUAUAGUAUAUAGGCUUGGGCAUGAAGUCGGUCUGUCUGAUCAACUUAAAAAUUGGUCUGUUGGUUCCCUAGCUAAGAAAGAUCUCAUGUUGGAUAGUUACAUUAAAUUAAGAAAACUAAAAUGUAUUGAAGACUUAAUCAAUUUUAAUAUUAUGUUAAAUCAAUACACAAUUUGAUUGCUAGUAACUCCACAGAAUAGUUGGUGAAUAGGUUAUUGAUGAAAGUGCAGACGGUCCUGUUAUGUCUAGUCUGUUAUGAUUGUCAUUUUAUUUAUUUUUAACCUAAAUCUAAGAAAUUGUGGUUAAUAAGCCUUGUAUGGAAUAUAUAUAAAAUGUGUUCCUCAUAACGCAUAUCUGUUGAAGCAAAUAAAUGUUUAAGUAUUGGUAGCACAUAAAUGGAUACAGAACUCCAAAGUAUAAGCAAUAAAAAUGGCUGCCCAAGAAGUUUUUGAUGCCUGUUAUGCGUGUUGCUUUAGUCUCUGUGCAUAUUGUAAAUAUUUUUUAGAUAAAUAAGUUAUAAACAUUCUCCGCCUUAUGAAAAUGGUGACCUAAAUGUGUACAUUCAAUGUUGAAUGUAGUGCACAUCAGAUCCGUUGUUAGGUCUUUUACAUAUUGUAUUAUUGUAGUCACACUCGAAGUUCUCUUGUUGACUAUGGCAGCACAGUUUGUAAGACACCUUAGGCGAUCCUAGUUUCACUAUAUUGAUAAUGAUAAUAAUGUACUUAUUAUUUUGGUGCCCUAGUUUGCAUGUAACAUUACGCGCGUUAUCUUUAUGUACUUGUAAAUAUGAUGAAUCCAUACGCUUUGUUAAGUAUAAGGGUGUUAAAUGUGUUUGUCAAUUUUUUAACUUUUGGAGAUUUUUUAAAUAAUAAUUAACAUGUAAUAUAAGCUAUGUAAAUAUACAAGUAGCUUAAUAGUGAACUGAGAUUAUACACCGGAGAUGCUGGCUCCGAACUUGCGCGUGGUUGUGACGUCAUGGGCUCGCGUACUCUGGAUAUCGCAGCUUGUUUUAAUUUUAAUUUACCGAUUCAUAAUUUGGAGCCAGCACAUACAUAUACCUAUAAAGAAUCUUUGUUUCAGUCAUUUUAUCAAUUUUAAUUAUAUUUAAUCUAUACUUUGGAAAUCAAUUGAAGAUUCGCCCAUACAAAGUGGAUCAAAGAUAAUAUACUGGCCCUUGUUUAUUGGUAGGCUGAUCAGCAUACUACUUAUCAACAUUAUAACAACAAACAAAUAUCUGGCUACAUCAUAUAAGAUAAAACGUGUAGAAAGUACAACUGCAUGACGUGAUUCAUCUUACAAAUGUUAUCUUUCAUUCACUCAUAUUCCAUACCCUUAUUUAGUUAAAAACCUACGACUGUUCUGUUUCUCAUGUACACCUACAUUUCUGUAGCCUCUAAAAUUAAUAAUAUACUUAAUUUCUUCAGUGCACAACCAAAUCAGCGCCAGUAUCAUUUUUACAUAAAUGUUAAUUGCAGAUAAUGUCCGAAUGCUCAAAUAUCUCCUGACUAUUCCAGCCAGGUAUAUAACUAUUUUUUAUUUUAAAAGCUAUUUUUUUCCAAUGAAGAGAUACCUUUUUUGGAUGUAUAAAAAUCUUAAUCAUACUUUAUGUUUUUUACAGUUAAAAUCAAUGUACUUAUAAAAAAUUACGAAAAAUAAAUCCUGCAGUCUUGUCAGGAUAUAACAAACUGAAUCUGUUAUCAGUAUAAAUAAAGUACAUAAUAUAUUUAAAAUAAUUCAUUAUGUUACACAUGUGAAACUGUGUGAAGUACAAGUAGUCAAGUAUGUACUUUUUAAAUUGGCCAUUACUUGGAUAUUAAAUCGUUCAUAAUAACUUUACAAUUUAGUUUUAGAACUUGGACACGCACUUAAUCGUUGGAUUACUUAGGUUGUGCGAAGCAUGCAAUACUUUCGUACAAUUAAACUGUGUAUUUAUGUACGACAAUGUAUGUUAAUUACUAUUACAUAGCUUAUUAGUAAAUUAUUUUGAUGAUUUUUGUCUUAGCUCUGAUUCUAGUGAGAUACCAUCAGUGAAAAAUUAAAGAAAUGUUAACCAUCAAUCUUAUUUUUGUCAUAUUUUAUCAGGAAUCUUUGAAGUAUAUUUUUCAAUUAUUUAACGUUCAAAAUACACAACACGUGUCAUUUUACGUAUGAAAAAUAUUACAGUGACAGUAAUUUUUAGUUUUACUUAAUUAUUCGAAGUAUUUGUGAAUGUAGCAAAAUUCAUAUUUUGUUUUUUCUUCUGUUGAAUCUUGCUAAAGUAGUUAACAAUUUCUUGAUUUAUUUUCACAACCAUGACAUUGAAUUAAGUACAGCAGGUUUUAUGAAAUAAGCAUACUUAUAAUUUUGUGGGAGAUUCUAGGAAUUUUAUAUUUUGAGAGAUUUACAUCUUAUGUAAAAACAUUUCUAUUUCGUGCUUAAAAUAUUUUUGACGUUCUAAAACUAUUGGUAAUCGAGAGAAAUACAUAAGUAUUUAUAAUUGUGUAAAUAUAUUUAAUAUGACUCCACGAAUAAUUUCUGAUAAUUGUACAGUUACUUAUAAUUUAGGAAUUUAUAUAAGAUAUUCGGCCAUGAAUGUAAUAAUAAUUUUAAUGCGGUGAGCACAUCACAAUAAUUAGUUGACGAAGGGACUGCUGCUAUUGUAUAUUAAUUUCACUUGUAAAUGUUACUUACGUGUUACACUACACUAUACACGCAUCGCAACAGUUGUGAAUGUCAGAGUUGUAAUUCAGAAUAUUUUAUGAAGUCUAAAAUAGAAUAUCAGUGGUCUUAAACUUGUGCAUAGUUUAUUUUGUAUUAUGUGAAUAAUAACAAGCAAUAAUAAAAUUGUUAUUGAGGAA